AUGGACCAUCUGCCUCUACCGAAACUAAGCUCGUGGGAACAUAUUCAGGUGCCUUACUAUAUAUGCGAUGACUUUGAAUACUUGUACAAGGGUCCAUGGGCCACCUACCACCAAAGGCACGGGUAUUACACGCCACAGGAGUUUUAUCCUCGAAAGAACAAGCCAUAUCCAGACAAGUUUAAACCUCGUCUGGCGGCUUUUGUACAAUCGUGGCUCUGGUUCGGGAUGUUGCAAGAGUUCUUGAAUGAAGAUCUCCGUCUUGAGGACUGGACUGCUCCCUGCACCGUCGAAGAAGACGCAAAGAAAACUACGACUCGCAUAUCGACUUGCGGCUUGUUGGCGAAAUUGGACCACUGGGUUGAGGUAAUCCAAGGCAAGAGCGAUGAAAAUCGUGUCUCAGAGCUGAAGGCUAUUGACUACUUGCUUCAUGACGCUGACAGACAGAAGAGUCACUUUGAAUUAUCCGAAGGCUCGAAUUUCCUUGAAGCCUGGGAUGUCCUUCCUCAAUCACUGCUUUUGUCAUUGAAUAUUUUGAUCAACACCUUGAAGAUUGUGCGAAAUUCUGCUUGGCCUGACAUUACUCCUCUCCAAAGGCACCCCGGAAUAUUCUACGAUAAAUUGGAGCGAAUAACGAGGCACGACGGCUGGUGCCCCGUCGCUGUCAAUGCUUUGGCACUAAGUUGUGACGCGAUAUCAGGCUACUGCGUUUCUCUUCUAGGUCCAGUCAAGAGCCCUCAAGACCAUAUGGCUUGCAACCCUGAGCUUUGCUCGGCGUUGCAGGUAGAUCACCAGACAUAUCAAACUCGACACAUAGAGCCUGGGUGUAAGUGUGAUAUGUCGGAGCCACUUAGUCGUCUUGUAGCGACGAUCUUGCAAGCCAACAAAAUUCCUAUCAUCCGCCUCGGUGGACCUGACGGCAAGCUGGAGGUUGCCGCAUCUGACUGUCACGAGCAUAAUUUCGUUGCCAUAUCACAUGUAUGGUCAGAUGGACUCGGCAAUCUGCAUCACAAUAGUCUUCCAUCUUGCCAGCUACGGAAAAUUCAAUAUCAAGUCAACGCCCUGAUGUGGAACUAUUCUUCGAAACCGGAAGAGAAAGCCAAUACUUUCUUCUGGAUCGACACGAUUUGUGUGCCGGUGGGCAGCUCGUUCAGGGCCGAGAGGAAUUUCGCAAUCUCCCAGAUGGUACACGUUUACCGAAAGGCCUCGAUGACAUUGAUUCUAAACGCAGAGCUAAACGAUAUACCUUCGGACACGCCUUCGUGGGAACUCUCUGCAAGGAUCAACAGAACAGCCUGGUUCCGUCGGUUGUGGACAUUACAUGAAGGCAUCAUCUCACGAAGGUGCCUCUUUCAGCUGAGCGACAGAGCGAUUAAGUUCUCUGAACUCAUCAUGAAGCCACCCGAUCACAGAAGCGCAGUCCUCUCUGAGAUUGAGAAGUCCAUUCUUGAACAGACCUCGCGCAUGUACACCAACAUGGAAACCUUCAAAGCUCUGCCAAGACUGGAACGGAGUCGGGAGAUAUGGAGAGCCUUCGCCGGAAGGACAACCAGCAAUGCUGACGACGAGACGAUUUGUCUGUCUAACAUGCUUGGACUCGACCUCACCCCGAUUCUCGCAAUUGAUCGUAGCGACCCUGAUGUGUGCUCGAAGCGAAUGAAGGCUUUCCUCUUGGAGCAGAAACUUUUUCCCCAGGGUCUCAUCUUUGAGGCUCAAUCAGGCAGUGAUUUCGCUGCCUCUCCGGAGGCGGCAUUUCGGGAGCCCGGCUUCAGGUGGGCUCCGCGGACGUUUGUGUUCGAUACAAGGGGCGAUUACAGCACUGUCCACCAGUCUGCCUUGGCGACAGCUGAUGCGAGAGGCUUGCACGCCAAACUUCCAGGACUGAUGCCUGGUCUUAGCUGGGAGGACUUCUUUUGCUUAGCUCGUCGAGACACUAUACUUCUCAAAGAGCUAGACCCCUCUAUGAACGUCCUACUUGUGGACAUUUCGUUUAUGGUUCCAGCGCAGUGGGAUUAUCACUACGAAGUAGAAUGGCAGAUGCCGGCCCCGUGGCAUCUCGGAGGGAAGCUUUUAGGAUCCACGAGACCCGCGGUCAUUCUAGAAGAAGAUCUCGUCAAUCAAGAUCUGGAUACGAGAGAGUCCGAUGAUGGUGUAAAGAUCAAAGAAUUCGAGAUGGAUGUGCAGCUAGGGGUUGAGCGUGCCGCUCUCGCCGCUGUUUUCGAGCGUUGGGUGAGCGGACUUCUGGUUGCUUUGCCACGCGAGAAAUCCAUGGUGCUUCAUCACGGUAUUGGCAAGGUCACAGAGGAGAUUGAGGCAUUGAUCGUCGGGCCUGUGUCGGUAAAGAAAUCGAUGUUUCAGACUAGACAAAAAUCAGCCUGCGAUCAAAUCACCUUUGAUCAGGGAAUGUCAAUGGAGAACUGUCUCGAGUCUACAUCUUCGAUAGCAAGCGAGAAUGCUUCGUUCGUCGAUGCGGAUUCAUCCAUUGCUUCGACAGAUGGCAUUUGGCACCAAAACAUCUCCACUACGCUUUACGGCGGUUGGAAGGAAACCAUGAAACUGCAAGCAGCACUGGCUAGGGUCCCAGAUGCUUUGCUUCAAGUCCCUUUUUUCAUCCUCUACGAUCACAGCGGUAACUACCCCUUACACAAGAAUUUCUCGAGUGAUGAUAGCAAUGCCAAGCGCAAAUAUAUCACGGAGGUUUUGGAUGAGGAGGUGGGCACAUUCGCUCUCGACGUGUUGACAACGGUUACCCCUCGCUCGAAUUGA